AAGAAAUCUAAUCGCGAUAUCUUCCAGUUAGAGUCUUUAAAGCCAUAAUGCCUUCACAAACAAAUCUUAGCUCUGAUGAGCUGAACAGGCGAAAGAUUGUUGGUAUCAACAAGGAGACAGUUACAAAUACGAUAUCAACCGAUUAUCCUGGCGCACACUAUGGCGAGGAGCACGCCUGGGACGUCAACCAGUUUGCCCAGCAUCUCAACAUACAAUUUCACCAGAAUGACCCCAACCUAGCGUCAUUUAGUCUAAUCGGCGUCGACGCCUCCAUCGCAAAUGCCUUCCGCCGUAUCAUGAUCGCUGAGAUACCUUCCCUGGCUAUCGAGCGAGUUUUCAUAACCAACAACACCUCUGUAAUCCAGGAUGAGGUGCUUGCUCAACGCCUGGGUCUCGUACCACUCAAGGGAUCCAAGGAAGGCCUGCGCAAGUUCAUGAAGCCCUUCAAGAGGACCGAGACGGGCGGCUUCGACAACUCGUUUGACUUCAACACAGUGAACCUCCGGCUCAACGUCAAGUGCACCCGGAACCCCGAUGCGAAACCCGGCGAGAACGACCCGAACAAGGCCUACAUCAAGUCCAACGUCUAUGCCAGCGACAUCGAGUUCGUGCCCGCCGGCCAGCAGACCGAGUACUUCUCAGGCGACGGCGCCAUAGUCCCCGUGAACCCGGACAUCUUGAUCGCCAAGCUGCGGCCGGGCCAGGGCAUCGACCUCGAGAUGCACGCCCACGUCGGCUACGGCUGGGAUCAUGCCAAGUUCUCGCCCGUCUGCACCGCCUCGUACCGCCUCAUGCCCAUCAUCGACAUCGUCAAACCCAUUGUCGGCGCCGACGCUGAAAAGUUCCGCGAUUGCUUCCCCGAAGGCGUCAUAAGGCUGGAACCCGUCACCGCCGCCGAGGCCAAGGAGAAGGGCAGCGGCUACGAGGGCCACAAGGGUGAGAUGAAGGCCGUCGUCAACGACCCCAUGCGUGACACCGUCAGCAGGGAGUGCCUUCGGCACGCCGAAUUCGAGGGCAAGGUCAAGCUGGGCCGCAAGCGGGACCAUUUCAUAUUUUCUAUUGAGAGCGCCGGACAGUGGGACAGCGACGAGCUCUUCCUUGCCUCCAUCGCGGAGCUCAAGUCCAAAUGCAAGAAGCUAGAGGAGCAAGUUCUUAACAUGGUUAGGUGAAUGAAAGCAUAUUUAGGCUGUUUCUUGUCAAUACUUGUACGUUUUCAUCCAGAGGGGCUGCUAAAGAAAACGUUGCUCAUCUGGCAUUUUCCGAUCUCUUGUGCGGAUUUCCGGUUUUGUUUUACAUAGAUUUUCAUUGGGCACGGCGUCUAGGCAAGGUUCGGUACUGAAAAAAAAGCAAAUAUUAUAUCCACCCAUAAACUGUUUUGGUCUAUGUUUUAAGAGGACAGAUCAGAUUUGAUCCGGCCAGGCCCGAGAAAAUCGCUUCCUAGUGAGCAAAAAGCCCAACAAACAUCAACUGGACAAGCUUACGAUGAAAGUCUCCAAAAGACGAGUCAGGCACUUUUCAUUAGAGCGUUGCCGUCAUCUGCCUUCACUUGAACUGCAGCCUGUACUGGAAAACCGUGCUCAUAAAAGCCGGGUCCGUCACGGCGAUCUCCUGUCCGCUGACCAAACCCAGCUCGGUCAGGGUCUUGGUGAGAUUGCCCCUUGUGGCCUUCUCGAGAUCGGGCGUCAUCUGCACGUACAGUGACUUCCCUUCGGCGCGGAUGCUGGGCUUCUUGAGUUGAGCGGCCGGCUGGACCGCGAGGUGGUCGACGAGCUCCUGCAGCGUCCAGCUCGAGUCGACCUCGAGCUGGCGAGCCUCGUUACCGCAGACGGGACAGUCGGGUUUGCGUUCGUACUUAUAGGUGAAGGUGUAGAUGCCGGCGUCUCCCGUGUACAUCAUGUAGUUCUCCUCGAGGCCGAGCGGGGGCGCGGCAUUGCUGGCGAUCUUGAAGGCCUCGUUGCAGCAGCUGGCGGCGAUUAUGGCGUUGGUGGAGGCGAUGGCGGGGAUGAUGUUCUUGACCACGCCUUGGGUCAGAGAGUAGGUGACGCCCUGGAUGCCGUACUCCUUGGCGCGUUCCGCCGCCUUCUGGAACAGCCAUGUGAUGUGCUCCGGGUCGUCCUUGUCCAGGGCCGGGAACGGCUUCUCCUUCUCCCAGGCGAUGAUGUGCGCCCACUCGAUGCAGUGUUCCGGCUGGCGCGGGAUGGUGGCGAUGGUGCAGAGGGGGACGGCGGGCCGAGGCGCGUAUAUCUCAAGCUGACACUCGAUGCA